UUAAAAGCAGAUUUCUUAGCCGAGAUGCGUGAAAUGUCGAUCCUAGACUAGAUUUAUCAAUUUUAAAAUGCUAUUAGGCGAUGUGUUAAACAAAGACGAGCUGUCCUCGCUGGUGAUAGCCGAGUUGAAAGAGUUCGGCAUCAAAUUUCGCAAGGAAAAGAAGACCAAAAGUGCUCAGGAGAAAUGCUGUAGGAGGAUAUUCCGAAUGCCACUGGCUGCGUUGGAGCUGACUGAUGUGGUUCUGGCGAGCGGAGGAGUUGUGCAGAUUCCCAAGUUUGUGGCGGACGCGUGUCAGCGGAUUUUGGAGCAAGUGGAAACCGAGGGAUUGUUCAGGAAGGCAGGAUCAGCCAAUCGACAGAAAGAGAUCAGGGUCGGUUUAGAAGCUGGAUUGCCUUUGGGACGAUUGCAUCACGUUAUUGAUGUGGCAAAUGUGCUUAAGUCCUUUUUCCGUGAAUUACCAGAGCCGCUGAUUCCACCUAGUAUUCAAGAGCCGUUGUUACGCAGCUUGCUAGCUGGCGAAAGAGGCACAAAGCCAUUGCUGAUGACAUGCUUACUUCUACCAAUGCUGAAUAUAAACACAUUGGCAUUUUUUAUGCAAUUUCUUCAUACGGUUUCGUUAUCCUCCCACCGAAAUAAGAUGACUACCGACAACUUAGCAAUAUUGUUCACACCAGGUCUGAUGCCUUUAGCCGAUAUAAGUGGAGUUCGCUUCGCCAACCACGUAAAAGUCGUCAAAUUACUUAUUGAGAAAUCAGAAUUGAUCGGGGUUUUGCCUGAAAGCAUCGCAGAGAAAUUGAACCAUUUGGCGGCAAAAACUCCAUCGGGGGCCGACAAAAAGAAGAAAAAGAGACGAAGCGGUUCGCUAACUCGCAUGUUCAACGGCUUACGAAAGAUUGUUGGAGUGAUUGGAUCGGCUGAAAAUCUGGAUAGCACAGCAGAAAAUGAGCCAGCCACGCCGUGCCUUAGUAAAUCGGCAAAGAAGAGAAAAUUGGCCGAUGUAUCAGCUUUCAGUGCGAAAAAGAAAAAGGAUUUGCUGGCGUUGUUUCCCGAGAACGAAGGAGUACUUCCAAACACACCAUUUUCAGAAAAAGAAACGAAAAAGACUAGAUUAAGUCUGGGUGGUCGAAAAGUUGCGAAGAGCUCGUCGAGUACGUCUGCUAAUGGGCUACCCGUUGAACGUCGUUGGAGUAUGGUUGGUCCUGGUUGGAAUCGGAAAAAGCAUAGUCAAACGGAAUUCGAUCGAAAAGUGGAAGCUUCCAAUCCGUCGUUAUCUCCAAUUAUGUCAGCGCCGUGCAUUGUCGAUGUAGAUAGCCCGAAAGAAAAUACACCGGUGGAAACGUUCGAAAAAGAUGAAGAUAAGACACUAAGCAUUACUGAACCCACGAAUGCAGUAUGUGAUUACGAUUUUGUACGAAUACCGAAAAGCGAAUACGAAGCGAUUAAAGAAAGAGUUUCAGCUAUAGAAACUCGGAUUUCUCAGGAAUUUGGGAGUGUCAGGGACUGUAUUCUACGUUCAUCAUCUUCAGAUUUAGAUAACAGCCUAAGCGGUCCCGAAAAAGUUCUAAAUAAAUUCGAGAAAACUAUGGAAGAGGCAGGAAAUGUAACUUCACCACAAACGGAGCUUUUAGCAAAGCGACUUUCCCGAGAAUUAAAAAUCCGAGGAAGCGAGGAGCAUAAAGUUAUCCGGUCACCGUCUGCACGGAAGAUUGGAACGAUGCGACGCCGCUCACGGGAGAAUGUUAAAUUAGCGCGAAAUAAAACGUGGCAUAUUAGCAACAAAGUAACAGAGGUGCAACCAAAUAUAGAAGUUAGAAAUGGAGUCGUACCAUUUUAUCCGAAGAGCAAUCUUAAGCGAGGAAGGCCGAACACAGUGUUCACAGGAUUGCAUCAACCCGGGUCGAUUUCUAAGAUGGAAGAAGAUAAUAUAGACGACAAUAAUUUAAAUGAGGGAGAAAAGUGGACGUCGGCAGAAAUAUUCUUUAAUAAUACAAAUGGGGCGAAGAGGCGAAGUAUUGGCGUUCAAAGUACUACUGAUGCGAUCGUAGAGGAGAACGCUGAAACAAAUGAGUUCAAAACUCCAGCCAAACGACCGAAAUCAAAUGAUGAGACUCCCAUGUAUAUAACAACUAUCAAUCUCAACGAAGCAAAAACGCCUAUGCUGCCGCCAAAGUCAACUGUUAAGAAGGCUAGCGUCUCUAAAUCACAUUCAAAAAUUGAACCCAAAAAUAUCCAAAAACCUGUUCCUGAAGACGGUCUUCAAGGAAGGGCGUCAAUUGCACGCUUGAGAAGUCAAAAUGCCGGAAUGGUUAUGGCCAAAGCUAAACUUUUCGAUGAGCUAGGCUCCGAUGUGGAUAAGCCUAAACUUCCACUUCGCGCUAACGAGAAUCGCCGGAAAAGUUCAAUUUAUCAGAACAAAAUCAGUUCACAUAACGAGGCUAACAACUGUUAUUUAGUUCCUUACAAAAACCUUAUCACUCAGAUGCCAAAAGAUAGAAUGUCUGAUUUUUCCAGUGCUAAAACUCCUCGUCGAAAAGUCACCCCGAAAAGUCCUGGAUAUGUGCAAAAGCGACAAAUGCAAAAGUUGUCGUUGUCACGACAAGUUAUCCAGAAUCGAGCCACGAUAGAAAAUAUCGUAAAUGAUAUUGAAAAUGUAUCUAAUAACAGUGACGGCAAUGUGAAGAAUAACUCACUGUCGCGUAGUGCGAACUCAGGCAGAAAGUCGAGUAAUGCCGACAGUCCAUAUUGCAAUACGCCACGGAUAAAAAAACCGUUGCAAGUGAAUUCUCCAAGACGUUUUGUAAAAACGCCGCGGGGCCAGUCUAACACGAGCGGGGGACGACGCACUCCUUUAAAGGCAACUCCUGUAGGAACGCGAUGCUCGCCCAGGCUGAAGCUACAAUCCGAGAAUAAAUACACUUCUUAGUUUUGUUGUUUUUAAUAAAUGUACCAUUGUUGCGUACAUUAUUUGCAUCUCAUUGAGAUUGUCGUUCAUUAAGUGUCAUAUUUUAUAUUUUUUUAUGUGUAAGCAUAUAUUUAGAAGUCACUUUAAAAAAAAAGAAAUAAAAAUGCGUAUCAUUAA